AAAUAGAAGAAUGAGCUAAUUUAUAUGAAAACUGUAUAUCUGUUGUAAUGUUUUGAUACCACACAUUUGCUGUUGUGGAGCUUUCAAAAUUCAAAUUCCCAAAAAAGCAGUGAAAUUAUUAUUUAUUAGUUUAAUUAAGCAGUGUACAUAAAUAUAAUGGAGGAAGGGAUACUCUCACAGUGGAAGUGCGAUGUACAAUCAAAAGACAAGUCAGUGCAAAUAGAUAGAUUAAAGGAUAUUGUCACAGAAUUGCAUGAAUGGAACGAGAAAGAUUACGUUAAAGUUAUUAAUUCAGAUUUGAGUUACUUCCUGAGCGAAAUGCUAAUUUAUCAGCAUAGAAUAUCAUCGAGUCUAGUGAUAAAAAUCAUAUGCCAUUUAUCAGAAGUGAAGGAGUUCUUUAAAAAUGAUUUUUUUCGAUGCAUCAGAUCCAGUUUGAGAUUAAUUAAUUCAUUUUCUCCGGAUUGUGUGUCAGAUAACAGCUUAGAGGAGGCUCAUUACAAGAAAAAUAUAUUAGCUUUUAAUACAAUUAUGCUUCAAAGAGCACAGAUUUUUAAAGUAAAUUUCAAGGAUGAGAGAAUACCAAAAGUCAGUUUGGUGAUCACAGCUUCUUCACUGACUAGUCUAGAUUCAAGAAUCAUUGAAAAAUUGGAAUUUGUUAACACAUCACUUGAUAUUUUCCGUUUAAUGCAGACUAGCUUUGAUGACAAGAUUUACCAAGAAAAGAAGAUCACCGAAAUCCUUACAAACCUUAAUUUUUCCAAGAAAGAUUUACUAGAUGUGGAUUAUUUCGUGCUUGUCGCGAGACUCUUUCAUUCUAUAAUUAACUUCCUGCCAGCAACAAACGAAGCUGACGAUGAAAUAUUAGUGAGAUCAAUUAGUGAAAAGUUUAUAAUUUUGAUCAGAUUCGUUUUAGACGAGAUACGUGACUUGCCAGCUACCAGUUAUAUGAUCUUCCUUAAUUUAUUUUAUUACAUUUUUACAUCAAUUGUAUUUAUUAAUGUUCAUCAGAUGCUCCUUAACUACUUCCUUACAUUAAAUGGACUCAACUUCCUCAUAUUUAUAGUCAACAGUCAAGAUAGUAACAAAAUUCUCAAAUUUAAGGCACGUGCUGUAAUUUCUGAAGUUAUGCUGCACAUUUCUAAAAUUCUAUUGGAAGUGGAUGACGAUGACAUUGAUAAUUUGGCUCAAUUAAGGCAAAAGUACCUGAAAAUAAUCCUCAAAAGUGACAUUGACCCAGAAGAUUUAAGGAUGGAGAAAUGUAGUGAAGUGUCAAGAGAGUCUAUGCUGUUUACUAUAUUCAAAUAUUAUGUGCUGUUAAAAUGGAGCAAGAUUAAACCAUGCAAAGGUAAAAUGAUGUCCACAAUGGCAUUCAUCAUCGAAUCUUUUAGAGAGAAUAAAAUUGUUAUGGAUAAAGGAGUUGCAUCAAUGAUGUUCUACAUCUAUACAACAAAUUUUGUGAAUAUUACAGGCAGUGCACUUGUGGAAAAUUCAUCAGCGAUUCUUAUGAAGUUUGUGGGAAUUGUGAACAUUAUUGUAGACUAUAAUUUCUUAAAGUGGUGGUUCAUACACAAUUCUAAGAAUCGAGGCACUUAUGAGAAGUUGUUUACGUACCUAUUGUCACCAAAGAGCAUUGAGGAAUUUAAGAAUAUACACGAAAAUGACUUAUUUGCAAUAGACAUCAAAUUUUUAAUGAAAAUGUUUGUCAAUGACAAAACACCAGUCGAGCAUCUCGAGAAAGUAACAAGAUUAUUAUGCAGAGUAUUCCUAAAUCUACAUGAUAUCGGAAAAAUCCAGACUUUUUAUGAAAAUCAGAGGACCGAUCAAGAUCGUCGACGAUCAAUUUAUGCUCUAAAAAUCUUAUGUGCUAGUCGUAAUAAAAAAUUAAGCUUGAUUCGACAAAACAAGACACACGAUCUUGCAAAUAAAACGUUAGAAACAUCUACAGAUAUGCACGAAAGAUUGCUUGCAGUUCAAUUACUUGUAAAAUUAAGCAAAAUUGUUGUACACAACAAAAUGAAGAAAUAAAAUAAAUUAAAUAAUUCCGUAACAG